UCUGCUUUUUUUUUUUUUUUCGGCAGUCAACUUUAAUAGUUGACUUUUUUUUUUUUAAAUUAAUUAAAAAAAUAGAGAUUCUCUAGUUGGAUCUGAAUUUUCUUGUUCCUGAUUCUAACCCACCUUUAUCGAUUUUAUUGUCCAUUGAUUCUUGAUACUUCACGCGUCUAAGUUGCGUGAUGAUGAUAGUUUGAAAAGAUUUUUUUUUUUUUUUUUUUUUUUUAAUAUUGUUUUCAUGGGUCUAUAAUCUAUAUAUAAUUAGUUAUGGGUUGUCUCUCUUUCGAUCGGACAGAGAAGUUCAGUCCCUCUUGACUUCUUUCUAUUUUUAUCUCCAUUCUCCAUUUGCUACACAGAGGAGAUUGGAGAAUACUCUGUUCUGCAAAUUUUCUGAUUAGAUGAAUUUUGGGUUUUGCUCUACAGAACUCCAAAUAUUCUGAGCUUUUUGUGUCUCUCAACUUUGAUUCCUCUUUUGAUAGAGGUAACCUUGAUUCUCUCCUUUUGAAUCUCUUUUUGAGAAAAAAAUUGCGUCUUUUUUUGUCAUUUCUUCCACUGGUUCCUUAUCUGUUUUUUAGGAUUUUUUUUUUGUCAUUUCACUCUACUGUUGGUUGAAGACUCUGAACUCUUUCUGGGUUCUGAGAUUUUUCUUGGGUUCUAUUUGGAUCCUUUGUCGAUGGAGCUAAUUUAUUCUCUUCGCUGAAUUUUUGAAAAAAAUUGUAUUUUUUCCCCCUCAUUUGCUUCCUCUGUUUUCAGAGUUUUUGAGAACUUUGUUCAUCUAUUCCUAAAGGAGCAAUCUUUGAGAAGUAAGGUUUCAGAGGUGAUAUAGAUUCGAAGACAAAAUGGGUGGAAGCGGCGGUGAUUAUAGUGGAGGAGGAGGAGCAGUGAAGCGGAGAGGAUGCUCGUGCACAAAAGAUGAUUUCCUUCCUGAGGAGUCUUUCAAGAGCUGGAGCAACUAUGCCAGAGCUUUAAGCGAGACAGGGUUGAGAUUGAAGGAUCGGGUACUGACUCGAUCCUUGGAAAUCACGGAGUUGACCGAGGUGAGGAGUCGGAGUGAACAUGAAAUGAAGAGGAACCUCACAUGGUGGGAUCUUAUCUGGUUCGGUAUCGGCGCCGUCAUUGGUGCCGGAAUCUUCGUUCUUACAGGUCUAGAGGCAAAUUCCGUUGCCGGACCCGCCGUUGUUCUCUCCUACGUCGUCUCCGGCAUCUCUGCCAUGCUUUCCGUCUUCUGCUACACUGAGUUCGCCGUUGAAAUUCCAGUUGCAGGUGGAUCCUUUGCAUACCUCAGGGUGGAGCUAGGUGAUUUUGCAGCCUUCAUUGCUGCCGGCAACAUCAUCCUUGAAUACGUAAUCGGUGGAGCUGCCGUGGCUAGGUCGUGGACAUCCUACUUUGCCACCCUCUGCAAUCACCUCCCCAAUGAUUUCCGCAUCGAUGCCUCAAAUCAACUUGGCGCAGACUAUGGCUACCUUGACCCAAUUUCCAUUGGGGUCAUCGCCGCCAUCUGUGUUCUCGCCGUCUACAGUACCAAGGGCUCAUCCCGCUUCAACUACAUCGCUUCCAUCCUCCAUGUUAUCAUCAUUCUUUUCAUCAUAAUUGCCGGCCUUACCAAGGCUGACACCAAGAACUACACCCCAUUUGCACCCUUUGGGGUUCGCGGCGUCUUUAAGGCCUCGGCGGUGUUGUUCUUCGCCUAUGUUGGGUUCGAUGCAGUGUCUACAUUGGCUGAAGAAACUAAGAACCCUGCCCGGGAUAUCCCAAUUGGAUUGGUUGGGUCUAUGUUGAUCACUACUACAGCUUAUUGUGUUCUAGCCAUCACAUUAUGUCUAAUGCAGCCAUAUGAGCAGAUUAAUGUGGAUGCUCCUUUCUCCGUUGCAUUCCAAGCAGUUGGGAUGAGUUGGGCUAAGUAUGUUGUGGCUGCUGGGGCAUUGAAGGGCAUGACCACUGUCUUGCUUGUUGGGGCUGUGGGUCAGGCAAGGUAUUUGACUCACAUUGCUAGGACUCACAUGGUUCCCCCAUGGUUGGCUCAAGUCAAUGAAAGGACUGGGACUCCUGUGAAUGCCACUAUAGUCAUGCUUGUUGCUACAGCCAUUAUUUCCUUCUUCACUAGUCUUGGUGUCCUCUCCAACCUUCUUUCCAUCUCCACACUCUUCAUCUUUAUGAUGGUUGCCGUCGCACUUCUUGUCCGCCGUUACUAUGUCACCGGUGUGACACAGCCAAAGCACCGGAACAUAUUCAUUAUUUGCAUUGUCUUAAUUCUUGGAUCCUCAAUUGCGACCGCCACUUACUGGGCUACGAGCACGAACGGAUGGAUCGCUUACACAAUAACCGUGCCAAUAUGGUUAUUGGCUACUAUUGCCUUGUGGGCGUUUGUUCCACAAGCAAAGAAACCAAAGCUAUGGGGGGUGCCACUAGUACCAUGGUUGCCUUCAGCUUCAAUUGCUAUCAAUAUUUUCCUUCUAGGUUCAAUUGAUGGACCAUCAUUUAUGAGGUUUGGAGUCUGGACUGGACUGCUCUUGGUUUACUAUUUCUUCCUUGGGCUUCAUGCUUCCUAUGAUACAUCGAAGGAGUUGACCGAGAAAAGGGUUCAGGCAGCUGCAUCGGCAAAGAUGGAAGAGGGAGUUAAAAAGGUAGUGGCAGAGGGGAUGUAAGUGGUGUGAACUAAAAUGGAUUCUGUGGCUCUAGCUGAUUUAAAAUAAAUCAAAAAUUGUAAUUUAUGAGCUUACAAAAGCGCUUUACUAGCUAGUCCACUACUUAGAUUUCACCAUACUGGUAUGGAACUAGACAUCAUUUUAGGGAUCUAAGAAACAAUGCCUUGUACUGGGUGAACUAAGGGUUGUAAGAGUCUUUGUUUGUUGUUUGAUGUUGGUUAUGUACAUAACUUCAACAAUUUGGUUUUGGCAGAUUAAUCCUUCUUUCAACA